UAACAAAAGAAAAUGCAUUGUAUUUGGUGUUAUUUGAAUGCCAAUAUCGCUACGGAAGAAAUUGAUAAGUAUUAAACGCACAAAAGUGUUUGCUAUUUAACGAAUUGAAGCAUCACGAAAUUGUGCGAAAAACAUCCAACGACCGACUAUUUGUGCCAACAAGCAAGCUGACAAUUUUAAUCAAUAAACAAGAAAUAUAUCGCAACUAAAAACCUUUUUUACUGUAGCGCCAAUAGGUUCAAUAGCUCGUUGGAAAGCAGAAAUUCUAAAGCUAACAUAAUGUGUCAAAACUACUCACUCCGGAGAUUUUGUGAAGAAUGGCGUAUUUGGAUACGACCACUUCUUAUCGUUACUUACGGUAUAUCGAUAAUUGUUGUACCGCUGCUCAUAUUGAACUCACUGAAGGAUGGAUUUUCGCGUAAAGAUCAACUUAUUCUAAUUGGUGGCUUAUUUGUUUUAUCUGCGGUGCCUGUUUCGAUUUGGCAUAUCAUCCAACAUGUAAUUCAUUUUACUAAGCCCAUUUUGCAAAAACAUAUUAUACGAGUAUUGUGGAUGGUUCCAAUAUACGCUCUGAAUGCGUGGAUCGGUUUAUUUUUCCCAAAGCAUUCCAUAUAUGUGGAUUCAUUGCGUGAAUGCUACGAGGCUUACGUUAUUUAUAAUUUCAUGGUAUAUCUCCUGAAUUAUUUGAAUUUGGGAAUGGAUCUUGAAGCCACAAUGGAGUACAAACCCCAAGUUCAUCAUUUUUUUCCCAUGUGUUGCAUGCGUCCCUGGGCUAUGGGACGAGAAUUCAUUCAUAACUGCAAGCACGGGAUACUGCAGUAUACAGUUGUGAGGCCUAUAACUACUUUUAUUUCGGUAAUUUGUGAGCUAUGCGGAGUGUAUGGAGAGGGUACCUUUGCUGGAAACGUUGCUUUUCCGUACAUAGUAGUCAUUAACAACAUUUCCCAGUUCGUUGCAAUGUAUUGUCUAGUUCUUUAUAGAGCAAACAAGGAGGAUUUGAAACCCAUGAAACCAAUUCCAAAGUUUUUGUGCAUAAAAGCUGUUGUGUUCUUUUCGUUUUUCCAAGGUGUAAUGCUCAACGUUUUAGUGUACUAUGGCUUCAUUAAAGAUAUCUUUGGUUCCACUGAUUUGGGGGAUGAUGCAAAUUUAGCCUCAAUGUUACAAAAUUUUCUUAUCUGUAUUGAGAUGUUCAUAGCAGCUGUGGCUCAUAUUUAUAGUUUCCCUCAUCACCCAUUCCACAUUAAUUCACCUCAAUACUGGAAUAAUCCAAAUCAUAAUUGGUGCCGAGCCUUUUUAUCUAUGAUCGACAUUUCUGAUAUACAAGAAGAUGUUACUGAGCAUUUGGGGGUUGUCAGUAGCUCUAUAAGCCGGCGUUUUCAAGGACGAAAUAGUUAUCAGCCAUUGUCACGAGGACCAAGGAGAUCAAGUAGUGAGUCUGAGUACCUAAUAAAUAAACGUUUGGAUGGAGAUGCAGCCGGAACUAGUCAAUUGUUGACUACAGUGACUGAUUCAGAUGACAACACAGGUAAUAUUAGAAAUAAAUAUCAAACCAACUAUGCUAAACCGCUUGCCAAAGCCAAUCGCUAUGGAGCUACAGAUAGUCUUGUGUUACCCGUUUACGAAGCUGCAAUAACGAAUGAUUAUCCAUCUCAAUCCCAAUUAGCAGGUAACCAUCCCACCACAUCCAAAGCUUCCAUAACAACGACCCAAAAUCAAUCUACUGCGACACACUCAAACUUUGGAGGCAUCAGCAUACAAAAACGCGAAGUAACUGCUAGAGACUUUCCUGCCCAUUACGGGGCGCCUGUGACUGGGGGUACAAGCUUUUUGCAAGCCCGCAAUGUUUCCACAACACAUGCUCCCAGUCCUAUACCAGAGUCAGGCGAUGACUUUUCAUCUUUUAUCGGUUCAUCGAGAUGACGUUUUGAUAGCAGCAGCCAAAACUGUAAUCCAUCCGCUAGCGAAUCGAUCUCUAUUGGACUUUCUAGUAGUCUUAAGCUAUCGACGGGUGGUAGUAAUAGUAACGACAGCAACAACUCAUCUGAUUGGCUUAGCUCACCUGGUGGUGCUGAUCAAAAAAAAAUUGCUGAUUUUGGGCCAAUACCCACCCAACAAUAGCAAACAUAGUUUGUACCCUUAAUAGAACAUCUUUACAUCACUUAGAAACUAAAUACAAUAAUACAACGACAAUGACAAACACGAAAUGAAACCGCCGUUUUGGCAACAACACGCACCUGUGCCCGACAAAAAGUUGGAUUUUCUUUACAAUCAGUAAAACUUUGUAACAGUGCUUUUUACGAUAGUUUCUGGAAUUAAACUCUUUAAUUUUGUAUAUUCUUUAAUUGGGGAAUCUCAAAUUUUCUUAUUUAAUCACACUUUUAAUGUAAAGUAUUGAACGAGAUUAAAAAAAACUUCGGAUGAUACAUUAUUAAAAAAUUGUCGGAAAAUAAGACAAAACGCACUGCUACAAAGCACGAUUGAUUUCGUUUAAGUUUAUUUUUUAUUUAUUUUUGAUUAAAAGUGAAAUUAUUGAAAUAGAGAUAUACCAUUUUUAUUUUUUGUUAAAUGUUGCUUUUUUAUAUUAAUGAAACUUUUAUGUUAUAAGAGGAGUCUAUACGAAUAUGUUCAAUGAAUAGAUACAUCUUAAUAUAUAUACUAAUGUUUAUAAAAAAUGAUUUUAAAUACUAAAGUGUCCUUUCCUGUAAUUAGUUUACCGGCGGUUUCCUGGAAUUUUAUCAGUAAAAUUCAAGCAAGGAAGCUAAUAUAUUAAUGUGUUUUAUAGACUUUAGAGUUUGUGUUCACAGGUAUAAUGCAAAAAUUGAAAAUACACCGCCAACGAGUUGUCAAAGAAAUACUUCCACUUCCCUUGUGGAAAGUAAAUUUGUAAAUAACUUACUUCAUUCCAGUUAAAAACGUUCGGAUUAUUCAACAGAUUUCUUUUUAAAAUAUAGAUAUUAUAUAUGUAAGACAAACUGCUAUAAGCAAUUCAAUUCCAAUCAGAAUUUAAAAAUGGUCCAGAUAUUGUGUAGUUUUUACUAAAUGUACACAUAAAUAAUUUUUUUGUAUUUAAAAAAGUUAUUUUUAUAACAUUUGUCCAUAUUAUUAUCUUUACCUCAAUGGAAUGUUUCCGAAAAUAUUGAUUAGUUUUUGUUUUAAUUUUAAAAAUAAUACUUUAUUUUUCUUUCGUUUUUGUCCUUAAUUAUUUUAUUUCACUAAACGAGCACAAUUUAAUUAAGUACAUUUUUUUUCUUGGUCAUAUUUUGUAAAAAGACUGACGAAGCACAUUCAAAACAACAUAACAAAAAUAUACAACCAAAUAACUAAAUAAAUCAAAACAUUAACGGGAUGCUAUAUUAGAUAUGCUCGAAUAAUAAAUUAAGCAAAAUAGUGCUGUUCAAAUAAUACGAAGUCUUUUCUCUAUGAAACAACUAUUGAAGGCACGAUAUUUUCGGAAUUCUUCCAAUGAUCCAACCAGAUUUGAUGACAAAUUUGUACUCAAUUGUUGUAGUUCUGUCGUCCACCCAAUUCUAAAAGAAAACGAUCCGGAUGAU